GACGGAUGCGACUCAUCCAGACUACUACUUGCUGUUCAUCUAUCUAGCCGAGGAAAUCAAGAAUGCAGCCGCGUCUUCCGAGCGAGGGCACGCGUCUCACCCGAAUAAAUCUGCCGCGCGCCGCGCGCGACGCAGUCUGACGGUCUAGUCACGUGCGCCAAAAGACCAAGUGUUGGUUGAAGUGGAUUCUACGAGCCUAUACGUUUUGCUUCCAUGCUGCCUGCUGCCUGCUGCUACUGCCGCUGCUGCUGAGGUCGAUCCAUCCAUCACCGAUACGAACCCUGAAGAUCGAUCGACCAAACAUUCUGAUUCACGAUUGCAACUCUCACACAUCACAACACUCACGACUCCCCUGACUUCCUUGACACGCUUUGCGCGUAGCACUACCUGUGACUGAGCAAGCGUCCCAAUAUUCCUCGACCUUGACACUCAUACAAGCGCGCUCCGAUCGGACGGACGCAUACAGCCCACGCCUGCUCGCUGAAUCGCACAGCAUGUUUGGUGCAUCUCGGCGUGUCAAUGCGACACCAGUACUUGCAGGAGCGGACAAAGAGAAUGACGUGCCUGUAGCCUCUCGACAAGCGAGCGGAUCUCUGGGGGCAGCCGGUGUCAAGGCCAAAGAGGAGGCUCGGGCGCGCAAAGUGGAAGCGAGACUUGUGGAGGCGGAGAGGGAGCUCAUCGAACUGAAGCGAUCCAAGGAGGAAGUCGACGUGGAGCUGCGCUUGGCAGGUCAAAAGAGAUUGAAGCUCGAAUCGGCCUUGGAGAAAGCAAGAUCCUCGUCAACUUCUGGCACGAACCUCGCUGCACUGCGAGCGCAGUUCAAAGAGUUGGAAUCGCUGCACGCGACGAGCAAAUCGGAGUGGAGCGGAGCAGUUGCCAAAAACAAGACGGAGCGCGAUGAGGCAAGAAGCGCGGCUAGACGUUUGGGACAAGAAGUGGAGAGCUUGAGGGUGAAGGUGGAAGAUGCACAGACCGAGAAUGCCGAGUGGCGAGCCGAGCUGGACAGAAGAAGCGCGGCGUUGAGCGAGGCGGAGCAGCGCGCCGAGGAUGCGGAAGCCAAGCUGCAAGAACAGCUCGAGCAGCACGGCGACGCUUCGCAGCAGAUGCACAGCCUGCAAGAACAGAUCACUAGCUUGGAAGAGGAGGUGCAGAGCUUGGAUGAGCAGGUCGACCUGUUCAGAGGUCGCGAACAGGCUCUCAUGAAGGCGUCUGCGUCCAUAGGGCAGGAACUGCAAGCUGCCAAGCUGGAUCGAGCGGAUGUCAUGCGCAUGAUGAAGAUCUCUACAGCUCAAGGCAAGGCUGCGCAAGCUCAGAUGGAGCAGAUGGAGCAGGAGAAGGGAAUGUCUGAAGAUGCUUUGAGCGCUGUGAAGGAGCAAGAACAAUCUCUGCGCUCUCAGCUGGCCGAAGCGCAGGAACACAUCCAAAAGUUGCAAAGCAGGCCUUUCUGCGAGAUCCAUAUCAGUGCGGAGUCGAGCACGCCUCCUCAGUGCCAACAUGCGCCAUCCGACAAUGUGCAGGAGCUCCAGCUGGAUCGGGAAGCGUAUGAAGCGGCGAUCGCCGAUGUGAAGCAGCGAGAACAGCUGAUUCGCAUCGAGCUGGACGGGAUGCAGGACAUGGUGACGAGGAUGCAACAUGAGCUGGCCGAUUUCCACGAGCGCCAGCCGGAUCUGCUUCGAGAGGCUUCUUUGGCCCAUCAGGCCAUCGUUCAGUCGCAAGAGCUAAAAAAGCGCGUCAGUACGCAAGAAGCUCAGCUCAGCGCCUUGAACGCUUCGCUGGCUAAAGCGCGGGAAGAAGCGGUGGAAGGAUCAAGUAGAGCACAGGCAUGGCAGGUGCACAACGAAGCUCUGCAGAAGGAGGCGUGCUCGCUCAAGGAGCAGAACAAGUGUCUCGUCUCUCGGCUCAACAACGCAAAGGCCAAAGAAGAUCGCUGGAGCGACGACUGCAACGAGCUGCAGGAAGCGCUCGCCAAUGCAGAGCGCUACCAAAGCGCCUACGAAACGCUGUCGAAAGAGCACAAGGUGCUACUCUCUCGCGCAUCGCAUGCCGAGUCUGAAGCUUCACUGCUUUCUACGCUCAAUGCUGAUCUAGCAUCACACGAGAAUCCGAUGCAAAAAGUGCACUACAUGGAUCGACUUCGGCGAGAGCGCGACGAGGCGAAGUACGAGGUGGUAGGUCUCGAAGAAGAGGUGCGGACUUUGAGACAACAGAUGCAAGAGAUCAAGAGGAAGUUGCACUGCUUCGAAGCUAUCGAGGUGCCCCUUGCUCAGAGGCAGAGGACCACGUUGACUCGCGUAAAGAGGUACGCACAUCAUCGCUCCUCUUCGGCUAUAAAGAGUCUGGAAAAGAUUAGGUUGAACAAGACGGCUCCUUUGCCUCUGGAAGCUUUGGAAGCUGCUCAGAGGCAGAUGAGCUCGCACCGAGAAGCCGAAGAGCCACAGGAGGAAGAGGAGCACCAAGACGAGGAGGAGGAAGACGAGCAGCAGGAGCCUGCGACUUUGAACCAAACUCACCGAUCUGAACGCGAACGGCGAGAUUCAAAGCGCAGAAGAUCGGUCAAGGGACCCACGACCUCCACGCCUUUUGUGCAGAGCAAGCCCGCGGUUCGGGUCCAGCGCGCUGCAGGUCGAACCUCGCUCGUGGCAGCUCGUUGCGAGCCGAUGCAAGCGCGUCGAUCUUUAUUGGCCUCUCUACCCGCCAUCCCUCUAGCCGACGAGAGAUCCGUAGAUGUGCCCUCAGUUGCCCAAGAAGGGCAGCAGCCAGCACGACGAGGACGUGAAGAAGCGAAUGUAUGGUGCGAUGAACCUGUCCCUGCUCCUACCGCAGCAGCUCUUCCUCGAUCCCACUCCCUCGGCCAACUCGGUCCGGCUUCUCCGGCGGCCAAGAGUGCGCUGCUGAGAUUGAGAAAGGAGGCAAAGGAAAAGGAGGAGGAGGGUGAUUUGACGCUGGAGGAAUUGGGAGGUGGAAGAGGACGCGCUUCUAGGAUUAGAAUACAUCGACGCUAAGGGGCAAAAACCCCCUCCCCCCCC